CUCACCUUGGCCAUCCAGAAGCUGUUGAGAAUUGGUGGAGUCUUUUACUCGAUUCUUAAAUAUUUUUUG